GGACCCACUACUUCGAGAACCCUUCUCGUGCGCCACUUCGAUAGUUUUCUUGACACCGUGCUUCGGCGACGGCGGUCUUCUCUUCUCCACAUCGCAGACGGAGCAUCUCCCAUCUCUCCCUCAUUUCGGCGGGAGUGGAUCUUCAUGGGGAAUUGAAGCUUCAUGGACUAUCCUCUCAUUGGUCCCGAUUCUGUGCAGAUUAGAGGCUUUAGGUCGAGAUGAACAAUCUUUCAAAUAUUUUCUCUACUCUUAGAGUGGAUGCUGAAGAUGACAAAGAACAGAUAGCUUCUCUCUCAGUAGCCAAAAGUGAAAAAAGGGCUGAAAAUUCAGAUGUAACAAAGACUAAAAAUCAAUUUCCAAGGGAAAGUACAAGCACAAUAAAUGAUAAGUUAGAACAACAAAUGCUUCCAUCACCUUCAGGAGACUACAAAAUGCCUCUUGUAUGGAUUGACUUGGAAAUGACAGGUUUGGAUAUUGAAGUUGAUCGGAUAUUGGAGAUUGCAUGCAUUAUAACAGAUGGCAAAUUAAUCAACUCAAUUGAUGGUCCAGAUUUUGUUAUUAGACAGACAAAGGAAUGCUUGGAUAAGAUGGGAGAAUGGUGUUGUGAGCAUCAUGCAUCUAGUGGUUUGACAGAGAGAGUGCUGAGAAGUACACUAACAGAAGCAGAUGCAGAAAAUCAAGUUAUAGACUUUGUGAAGAAGCAUGUGGGCUCACAAACCCCUCAGUUGGCUGGAAAUUCUAUUUAUGUGGAUUUUCUCUUCUUGAAGAAGUAUAUGCCUUCUCUGGCUGCCAUAUUUUCUCACGUGCUAGUCGAUGUCAGCAGCAUUGUGGCUUUAUGCAUCCGUUGGUUUCCAAAAGAGAAAAAAAAGGCACCCAAAAAAGCCAAAAGCCAUAGAGCUAUGAAUGACAUAAAGGAGAGCAUCCAGGAACUAAAAUACUACAAGCAAGCCAUCUUCAAAGCAUCAAACAACGGCAAGCUGUGACACUUUGAUGCUCUGUUUACGCCAUGGGUUGGAGGAGAAAAGGUAAGUUAUUGGUAAGUCAAGAUGAUUUUUCGAUUGGCUGUAUGUUUCCUUGUAUCCUUUGGAAGAGUGUCGCUUUUUUCAGUUGGAUGCAAAUCUUCCCAGUUGAAAGUUUUAUGCAUGUUGACUUCUCUCGCUACCAGCGAACGUAAGAGAAUGCUAAUGUUUCCAAAGAUGCUUUCUUUGGCUUCUUUUACUUAAA